AUGCAAGGAUGUGUUCGGCAAGUGGCACUUUUGAAUCCAAGUGGUGCAUCAGAUAAAGAUAUCAUGUUUCGAGCCAAAAUGAUAUUAUCUCACCAGAAUUACGAGAAAUUGUUCAAAUUUGAGCACGUUCCACCUAUGCUUAAAGAUGUCAAAAAAUUUGGAGAUGAAGUUAACACGGCUAGAGUAACCUACCAUGGAAAAAACGUUGUUAAAAUUGCAUCGUCAUGGCCAGCUUCAUCAUCAGAGGAUCGCACCUCAACGCAUUCAACAUCCUCUGAAUUCUCUUCGUUUUCUCUCAAUAUAAACGAAGACAAUAUUGACGAUACUUCAACUCAACGAUCUAUAGGGGUAAAAAAAGGAAAACUAAAAAGGAAAAAUGAAGACGAAGGUAUAAAAUUACUGGAAUCCAUUAAAGAAGAGAAUCGAUAA